CAGUUUGGUGACGUCAAUGGGGACCGCUUGACGCAUGAAUCACGUGGGUCGGGAGGGCGGAGGUAUAAUAGAGCCGCAGCCGCCUGAAAACAGGCGAGCCAAGGAGCGGAAUCCCGAGAGAGGAUCGCAGGAGAGAGAGAGCAACUCGGCAACAAACAACAACAACAGUGACGACACUUAACAAUAGACAAUAACAACAAGUCACACGCAACAACAGCACUAAGAACCGCACUGUGCGGGCAGCGGGCUCUGUGCAGGACAGAGGACUCCGAGCAGCUUGGAGUGUGACGUGACGAGGCGGGGAAGCUGGAAUCCCCCCGCUGCUCCCACUGAACUGCAAGUAUUUUUGAUCACCCUUGCUGUCCUGUUCUGAAUGAUCAUGAUUGGAUACCACAGUGCCUCAAGUGCCCUUACCCUCCUGAUCCUCCUGACAGGGGCUUCUCUCCUCCAUCUAUCCACCCCCAACCUGAUCAUCACUCCUGUGGAUGUUGAUAAGCCACACAGAAAUGGUCUGUCAGAGGACGGGCAGGGAAAGGAUGAGAAUCAAUCAUUACAGAAAGAAGAGGAAGAGGAGGAGCUCUUUAAAGAUGUGGAUCCCAAAACACUGGCAGCAGUUUUACUGGAGGCACUGAAUCACUCACAAGUAGAAAGAAGGAGGGAGGGAGAGGAGCAUAAUGGGAUAGAAGAAGAUAUAAAGACUGAGAGUGUGGAGGUUGAAAAAGAAGAGACAUACAGAGAAGUGAGAAUGAUGGAAGGAGCAGACCGAGACAGAGAUGGACGACAGGAGUUAGAGCUGCUGAUGGCUGCACAGGGGAAGGAGGAGAGAGAGGAGGAGGAAGAGAGGAAGAAAGCUGCGGAAGAAGAGGAGAAGAUGACAGAGAAGGUGACCAGUCAUACCACGAGCCAGACAGUUCAGGUCCAAACAGAGCAGAAGCCUGCUAGUCCAAAUGGACGGGUAAAGAAUGUGGAGGAUGCUGCCCCAGAGCAAGGACCAAACAGCCCUGAACAAGGCAGCAAUGAGGAAGAGGAGCAGCUCAGCCCCGAGGAGCUUAAGAGCCUCGAGACCAUGAUGAAGGAGUUUCCUCCAUUGAACACAGCCACUAAGAGAGAGGGUGAUUCAGAGAAAAUUCAGAGAGAGAGCAGAGGUUACAGUAGCUACAACAACAUCAUACCAGUCGACAAAGGCAGCAACCUUGCCAUGUCCAAGAAGAAGCUGAAAUGGCAAGAAGAGACGCAGAAAGCCCUGCACCUCCCAACGCUGAGGGGAAACUUUAUGAAUGACUUUGAGGACAGUAAUUAUGCUGGAAGUAAUGCAGGAAUGUCCCAGCUUUCAGCAGAGCAGGAGGUGAUGGAAGACGAUGAACCAGAUGAGGAGGAUGAGGAAGAUGAGGAGGUGUUGAGCCCUGAGGAGGAGGAGGCUCGGGCUAAAGCUGAGCAGGAGGAGAUGAGAAGGCAGGCGGCUGAAGCACAGAGAGCCAAGAUGGAGGAGGAGAAGUUAGCCGACAUCGCCUCAGACAUGCUACUGCGCUACAUGGUCAAACAGAACAAUGGGAACAAGAAGUACAGCUCGUCUUUGUCCAAUGCAGUGGAGGACAAGAGGUCCAAUGAGGAACAAGAAGUGACAGAAGAGGACGAUAUUGAUCCCCAGACCAUUGACAAGUUGAUUGAGAUCUCCAGCAAGCUCCACCUCCCUGCUGAUGAUGUGGUGGAUAUCAUCAGUGACGUGGAGAAGAAGAAGAAGAAAGACGUGCCUCCUGAGAUGACGUCUCACUGGCAGCGACCUCUCACUCCAUUGUCUUCUUCAUUCUCCUCCACCAAUGGUUUCUCAUCCCAGGUUUCAACCAAUCAAAAUAGUUUCCCCAUUACUAAACAGCCCACUCCAGCUGUCAAUCUCUUCAAAACAUGGUUCCAGGAGAAGUCACCAACAAAGUCGCAGGAACCCUGGAGCAAAUUUUCAAAGCCUCUGCUCACCAAUCAAAAUCUUCGCCCAAAACCUCAAAAGCCCUUGUCAAUCAAGCAGGAAUACUGGGUUAAAUCACCCAAGUCUGUUUGGACUGGCUACCCUUUUUACCCCUACACAUACCCAUCUUACUACCAGAGGAAGCCCUACCCAGAAUACCCCCCCAUCUAUUUCCCUCCUCCCCCCAGACCCAAACCCCGUUACUAUGUCCCCAAACCCGCUCACACCCUUAACCUCCUGGGAAAUCCCGUAGAUGGGGCCUACACGUUUUCUCCUAGACGCCGUUACCACAACUGGGUCCAACCCCGGCUGAGAAAACCCCCCACAGGACUCCAGAAGCCUUAUUAUGCCAGCUACCCCCUCCCACUGUACCCCCGGACAUUUCAGCCGGUACCCAUCCCUAAACCACGUUCUCCUCGCCGAAUGCCUGUGGUCCCUCCUCAACAGAAGCAGUUUUAUUACUCAGCCCUGGCGCCUGCAGUAACAAGAAAUGAAGAUUAUUAUGUGGCUGGAAAGCAGCCAGACAGCAGUAACCGUGACGAUCUGGAGAAAUACAUACAGCAGAUACUCUUGAAGAGACCACAGAUGUUGGACUGAAAGAUGGAUGAGAUGAGAGUGAGAAAAUGGGAAAUGGAAAAGAUAGAUGAUCAGAAAAGAGUGUAUUUGUUUACUUUGCUUUUACUUUGCUGGUAUUUUUUUUUUUUUUUACACAUGUAACAAGUUUCUUUCUCCUGUUUUGAUUGGUUGUGAUUUGGACAAGAACAUUACAGGAGACUUUUUUUCCAGCAGUAGUCUGGAUAAAAUGGAACUGAUGGGAAGAUACACAUUUAUCCUCCUUCAUGUAGGAGGUGGAAACAGGUCUGUAGGAAAGCAUUAUGCGGCAAAAAUUUGUAUCAUGCUAGAAUUUUUUUUAAUCCAAAUUCCCAGCAUGACAACUUUCUCCAUUUGGACAUUCUACAAUGCCAACCAAGGAGGACACUUAAUUGUGUUGUUACCUGUAUCUUUUAAGAAUCUUUCCAGAGUCAGAAAGUGAUAGUUGGAUGAAUCAUAGGCAGUGAUGGAUGCUGUAAGAUGUUUGAUGGCUGAUGGGAUUUCACUGUCUACACACAUAAAGAGCAUUUGUGUAAUUAUCUCAGGCAGGGACAUUGGAAAAAUAUUUCAUAAACAGAAAUGACAUGCACUACAUGGCCAAAACUAUGUGGACCUCUGACAUCACAGCCUUAUAUGAUAGCUGAUCAUGUAAUUUCCAAACCAUGAACAUUAGUAGUUUCAGGCUUUCCACCAAAUUUUGAAACCUGGCUGCAGGGAUUCUCUUCCAGUUGGCCAUAGCAGCAUUAAUGAGGAUCAACACUAAUGCUUACUGUGCAGUGUUCUAGUUCAUCCCAGAGCUGAUGGAUGGAGUUGAGGUCAGAGUUGUUCACAGACAAGUCAAGUUCUUCCACACCAAACUGGGAUCAAGAGCUGGCUUUGUGGUGAAACAGGAAGCGGACAAACACAAACUGACACAAAGUUGGAAUCUCGCUAUUAUCUAAAAUUUCAUUGGAUACUUUAGGAUUGUUCAUUCAUUUAUUGGAACUAGCUCAAACCAGGAAAAGCAACCCCAGAGCACAGCAUGUCCUCAUACUUUUGGCCAUAUAGUGUACCAGCAGACACACCAAUCACCUCUUAGAGAUAAAUUCAUGAUCAUCUCACAUCACCUUGUCUCAUGCUGAAGCCAUUCACUUCAUUUUUCUUUCAAAAUGAAGACAUUUUUAUGCAAAUUUAUCAUUUUUGUGUUAUUUGUAUAAAAAUGCAGCACAAAUGUCAGCAGAGCUUCACCUUUUCAUUAGAUAUACUCACAUACAACCACCACAGCUCUUUCAAAUGAAAUAUAUUGCACCAAAAAGCAGAUUUCAUCACAGGGCUUUAGAAGCCACACUAACACCACUAUAAUGGAUGACUCAUCCUUUUGCAUAACUUCAGUUACCUUGUUGCCAUGGUGCCAAACCCUGGUCAAACUCUAUAUGGCAUUCUUUUACAGUUGAUGCCUUCAGAGGUAGAUGCAAUGGUGGAGGCAUACUGAACACAUGCAUUUUAAAGGACAAGGCUGGUGGUACUCUUUAUUCUUCUUAUUGCCAACAAAUCUCAUGAGAAGACCACAACACGUGUCAGACUUCUGCUGUAGCACUCAUCUACAAACACACACAACUCUAAAUAAAUUGUAGUUUUAUCGAAUGUUUCUGAAGUGGGAGGGAAGUCAGCAGUUGAAGUGCUUGUUAGUGGGAUACAUUAAAUGGUGGUUUGGCUCUGUACACGAGAUAUACAUAUAUAUUUGUGAUAUAGAAAAUCACCAACCUUCCCCUUUGACAAUACCCUCCAUGGUUUCGUUAUAACACCUCAAAGUGCCCCUAAAUCCAGUUCCCUUAAGCUAAUGAAGACCAUGUCGUGUGAUUUUACUACUCAACAUACUUUUAUUAUUCAUCUUCCCCAACUCAAAGUCUAUUUUCAACCUUUUUCUUCUUAUCUAAAUGUUGCACAAUAAUUCAUCAUACAGUACAUUUUAUACAUUUGUAGAUGGGAAGUUUCCAAACUGAGCAUUAAUCCUAAUGCCUUACAUGUCACUGUGACAUCUCAUGACACUUCAUGUUUUGAUUUUGCAUAUAAUAUUAUCCAUGAGAUCAAAGCUGUAAUCUCUUCUGUAAUGGGAGCAAAUGGGACAAUGGAGAUGUCAACAGUUUGCUCAUAUUCAGAUGAAUCCAAGUUGAAGUCCUCGUUUUAAAAGCAACGAUGAAGGGGUGAUUAUGAUUAUGUUUUUUAACUGCAUAAAAAGGGGAUUGUACUAUUUACUUCAAUGGUUACUGAUCAUUAGUAAUCAAAAACACUUCCUUUUUUUCACCCUUUCCUCUUUUUCAAAUAUGUCACUGGGAACAGGAGCAGAUUUUGCUCUGGUUUGUCUGUAUAGUUGACCUUUGUGGCCAUCUGUUGCUAAGGGAUGAGCAAAUCUCAGCAUCUUUGUUGCCAAGCCAGAACAGAAUCAUGGCAUCGACAAUCUCAUAAUGGAAAGAAUGUCAACACAAGGCAGUCAGUCAAAAAAAACAAAGUGAGCUGAAGGGAGUCUUUUUGUAAUUUUUAAUGAGUUGUUGUUUUUAUGAGAUUAAGAAAGAAGUUAGAGAUUAACAAAAAGAAUGAAAUUUUAAAAAGCAGCUGGGAUAUGACGCGACAGAACAGAUGGGAGGGAACAGUGUCUGCACGUUUAUGUAUACUUGCAUUCUUUGAAGAUGUACAAGCAUCAAUUAAAAAAGUAUAAAAAAAUUUUAAAGAUGACAGAAACAAUGACGUCGGUGUACCUUAAGAUCAUUGAGUCAUGUAUGCGCCGAGUGUUGUCCAUGGUCUUUCUAGAUGUACCUUGUUGUACCCAUCGUAAUAAACAUGCAUUUGCUGGAUGUAAAUAUGAGCAUGUCAAUGACUACUUUUGCUACAUAUAAUGAAACAAAUAAAGUCAACUAUUUUUUAUUACAAA